AUGGGAAGUGGCGCAGGAGUAAUAAUAGAAAGCAACCAGGGAACCCAGGUCGAGCUCUCCCUCAAGUUCGGAUUCCCGGCCUCAAACAACCAAGCAGAAUACGAAGCAUUGCUAGCUGGCCUGAAACUGGCUGGAGAAGUAGGAGCUCGAAAACUCAACAUCUAUAGUGAUUCGCAAGUGGUCAUAUCACAGAUAAUAGGGAGUUACCAAGCCAAAGAUCCCGUCAUGAAAAGAUACCUGGUUAAAACCAAGCAACAGCUCGAACAAUUGGAGGAAUACAAGAUCUGCCACAUACCUCCAAACGGACAGGCCGAAGCCGCCAAUAAAGUCAUAUUGGCAGGGUUAAAACGAAGACUACAAAAUGCAAAAGGAGCCUGGGCAGAGGAGCUUCCACAAGUUCUAUGGGCAUAUCGAACGACGCCACAUUCCACCACAAAGGAAUCCCCAUUCCGGUUAACAUACGGAACGGAGGCAAUGAUUCCAGUAGAAAUUGAGGAAGGAUCGCACAGGGCAGUCCAUUAUAAUGAGGGAGCAAACUCUCAACUUCAGAGGGAAGAACUCGACCUACUACCUGAGAUCCAGGAAAGAGCUCGGAUUAGGGAAGAAGCACUAAAACGUCAAAUGGCUUUCAGAUACAACCAAAGGGUAGUGCCAAGGAGUUUCACUGAGAACGAUCUCAUCUUGAUCCGAAAUGAUAUAGGAACAACUCAACCCAGAGAGGGAAAGCUGGCAGCCAAUUGGAAAGGACCAUACCGGGUCAUAAAAGUACUCGGGAAGGGCUACUACAGAGUGUCCGAACUUGACGGACGGGAGCUGCCAAGGUAUUCUACAAGAUUUCAAGACGCAUUAUUCUAA